AUGAUGGAAUCCUCUCAAAAGAAGACAAAAAUCACCGAAACUUUGCCUGACGACCUUGUGGACCACAUCAUGUCGGUAUGUCUCCCUAUUCAAUAUGUUUUACGAAAUCGUUCUGUGUCCAAGAAGUUUAAAGACACAGAGAUCCGGUCCCGCGGCCUUGAUUUCAGCAAAAUAUACUCUGUAAGAUGCGGUCAACAAAAGGCUGUUCGCAUCAUUGAAAGCGUUUUUAAUGAUUACAAAGGCUCGGAGAUUAAUCGAUUUGUGCUACUUCUCAAUCACAUCGGAGUGGAAGAUAAGAUACUCUCAUGGAUCAAUACAUGUCUUGGUAAAAACAUUCAAGAACUUGUGUUGGAUUUCUCUAAAUCAAAAAAAGUUGCCAACAUCCCGGUCGAUUUCUCGGCCAUCGAGACGCUAACAGUUUUGAAGCUAGGAUGGUGUAGCUUCAAAAUACCAGAUAAUUCUCUAAAGGGUUUGAAGUUAUUGAAGACACUUGCGCUAACUAAGAUUAAUGAACUGAAUAAAGACAUGAUAGAUGCAAUAUUCAGCAACUGCAUCCACCUUGAGACCCUUGAGCUUAUCAACUGUCUAAUGUAUGGGAUAUUGAGCAUCAACGCCCGAAAUCAUAAGAAGUUUAAGUCGCUAGUCGUGUCUACUAUGCCAAAUCUUUUUGAAAUUAUUGUGGAUGCACCUACUCUCGAAUGCUACAAGUAUGAUGGAUAUUGCAAUAAGAUGGUUUACUUUUCAAGAGUGCACGCACUUAAAGAGGCAAAACUCUAUUAUAAUCGAAGUUUUACUUGGCGUUAUUCUGAUCCAUCUGACAUGGUGCUUGCUAAUAUGAGGGCCUAUAUAAGAGUUCGUGUUCUCGCAACGACCAACAUCUUUCUUGAGGCUUUGACGUGUAGAUACAAUGGAGGAGCAAUUAGAAGACAGAUUUUCUGCUUCUGGAGCUUACAAGAAUUUCAGAUUUCUUUUAAAGCUCCAACAGUUUGCAAUCUUUUUGACAUUGCUCAAUUCCUCGAACAGUGCCCUAACCUCAAAAAGGUUUUGAUCGAUAUAAAUGAUUACACAUUUGAACCUGGAGUUUUUUGGGAGGUUCAUCAUCAGCAACAUAUUCGGAUUCACAACUACUGUUUGAACAGUAUCAAGUUUGUCGAGAUCAUGGGCUAUAAAAAUCACUCGCAUGAGCUUGAUAUAAUGGAGUUCUUUGUCCGGUACGCAAAAUCUCUAGAGAAGUUAACGUUGACGAAGCCUAGAAACCCAAAGAUCAAGCUAUUCGAACCUGAUAAUGCAAGGAUCAAUUACAUAAAAAGCAUGUCUCAAAAGAAUGAUCUCAUUGAAUUUAUCUAA